AUGAAAUUUACAGAUCACCCAGAGCUAAAGACCAUUCUGUUCCUGGAGUUCUUUACCAUCUAUCUGAUCACCAUGGUGGGGAAUCUUGGCCUGGUGGCAUUGAUUUACAUGGAGCGUCGUCUUCACUCGCCAAUGUACAUCUUUCUGGGUAACCUUGCGCUGAUGGAUUCCUGUUGUUCCUGUGCCAUUACCUCCAAGAUGGUAGAGAACUUCCCUUCUAAGGACAGAAUGAUUUCCCUCAGGGAAUGCAUGGCACAGUUUUACUUUCUCUGCCUUACUGAAUGUGCUGAUUGCUUUCUCCUGGCUGCAAUGGCCUAUGACCGCUACGUGGCCAUAUGUAGGCCACUGCAGUACCACACCAUGAUGUCAAAGAAACUCUGCAUUCCGAUGACCGCAGGGGCCUACACAGCUGGAAACCUGCAUUCCAUGAUUCAGGUAGGGUUUCUGCUUAGGUUAACUUUCUGUGGGUCUCAUCAAAUCAAUCACUUCUUUUGUGAUGCUCUUCCAUUAUACAGACUUUCCUGUGUUGAUUCUUUUACCAAUGAACUGAUGGUAUUUGUCUUUUCGGGGUCAAUUCAAAUCUUUUCUAUUAUUAUAGUCCUAAUCUUUUAUCUCUACAUCCUUUUUACAAUUUUCCAAAUGAAAUCCAAAGAGGGAAGAGGCAAAGCCCUAUACACUUGUACAUCUCACUUUCUCUCUGUCUCAGUGUUCUAUGGUUCUCUUCUCUUUGUAUAUAUUUGUCCAAGUUCAGAGAAAGAAGGAGAUAAAGAUAUAAUGUCGCUAUUUUUUAUACUUUAA